AUGUCCCACAGGGUCAGACUGGCCGGCUGGCUGGCCGGCGUUGCCCCGCCCACAAUAGUCCUAUUUCUCCGGACCGCAGCCCAGAAAUCAAGGCGCCAGCCCAGAUCUAGCUCCCCAUUAUUGCCGCGACCCGACCCGCCUGCGGCCCGCGACCGGCCGCGUCUCGCACAAAGUGAACAGGGGAGACAAAGCAAACCCUACGCCAGUGCGGCCAUGUACGCUCCCGUCUGCCGACUCCACCUCAGUUCCGAUGGCAAAUUCGAUCGUGGGGCGCUGUUUCCCCGCAACCGGCCCGGUCGCUUGGCUAGAUUAAAUCUGCUACCGUGGCCGAUUCUCCGUUCGAAGGAGGGCUUGCGGAAAGCAUGCAUCACCCUCAUCUUUGGAGAGCAUCCGAGGCACAGCGCCUACGUACGAUCAUUGAGAAAUUGGUACACCUCAGCAUCAUGGCCACCAUAA